GCCCACACGGGUAACCCACUCUCUCCCAAAGUUGGCCGAGGGACAGCCGAAGCAACCUCGCCUCACAUCCCCCACGCUGCACUUUCGUUGACGAUGAGGCUUCUGCCAGGUUCUACCUGUAACUGACUUCAUCUCUCAAGCUGGAGGUUUGACUGCGCUACCCACUACAGCCAGGGUUCAUGCCAGCUGGACACACUUUGCUUCCGGGGCCCCCGGCGGCCGGCAGGGAAGGAGCGGAGACCACAGCUGGAGACCCUGAAUCCCGGGGUUGCAGCUCUGUCUCAGGCGCGGAGCUCAAGCAGGCCCCUUGGCGAUGAUCUGCUCCUUGUUCCUGGCCGUCCUGGUCCUGGCUGCAGCCAUGGGGGCCGCUCCCAGAGCUGACAGGCAGUGUCCGGCCUGCGGGGAGCCGGCCUUGGACGUGGAGAGCCACCGGGAGCUGCUGCUUAACCUGGCCAAGAGGCGCAUCUUGGCCCAGCUGCGCCUCAGCCGGCGCCCCACCCUGGGCCGGCCGGUGUCCCGAGCUGCCCUGCGGGCUGCGCUGCAGCGCCUCCACGGGCCCCCGCAGGGGGCGCUUCCGGAAGCCGGCGGGGGCCAGGAGUAUGACAUCAUCAGCUUUGCCGAGACAGGCCUCUGCAACACCACCCAGACGCGUCUGGAUUUCCACUUCUCCUCUGGCAGCUCAGCUGGCGGCCUGGAGGUCCAGCAGGCCCGCCUCAUGUUCUUUGUGCAGCUCCCUCCCAAUACCAGCUGCACUCUGAAGGUGAGGGUCCUGGAGCUCAGCCCACGUGACACCAACCUCACCUCGGCCACUCAGCACCUGCUGGAGGUAGACGACAGUGGUUGGCACCAGCUUCUCCUGGGGCCCGAAGCUCAGACUGCCUAUAGCCUGGGGCACCUGGCCCUGGAGCUGGCCCCCGAAGGGCAGGUGGCCUGGAGCCCCGUCAUCCUGGCGGGGGCUGCGCACAGGCCUUUCGUGACAGCUCGGGUGAGAGUCGGGGGCAAGCACCGGGUUCGCCGUCGAGGCAUCGACUGCCAGGGCAGGUCCAGGAUGUGCUGUCGACAGGAGUUCUUCGUGGACUUCCGGGAGAUCGGGUGGCACGACUGGAUCAUCCAGCCUGAGGGCUACGCGAUGAACUUCUGCACGGGGCACUGCCCCCUGCAGGUGGCGGGCAUGCCCGGCAUCGCCGCCUCCUUUCACACCUCGGUGCUCAACCUUCUCAAGGCCAGCACGGCUGCCGGCUCCACCGGAGGCGGGUCCUGCUGUGUGCCCACCGUCCGGCGCCCCCUCUCUCUGCUCUACUAUGACAGAGACAGCAACAUCGUCAAGACUGACAUUCCUGACAUGGUGGUAGAGGCCUGUGGGUGCAGUUAGUCUGUGGGUACAGGCAGCUGGGGUGGGGGACAGGCAAACACACCCUGACGGAGCCGCUCUUCCUCCAUAGUAUGGUGUGGCCCUCCUCCUGCCGCUGUCCAGAAGCAACUCGGGGAAAUGAUCCCCACUUGGAUGUGACGAGACCUUCACCUAGGGAGGGCCACUGUGAUCUAAGGAGAGCCAUUUACCGUCUUCAUAAUGACCAGCCCCUUUCCUAGAGCAGAGUCCAUUCAGCAAGCCCCAUGUGCUCAACCGCCACCCCAGGGGCCCUGAUGCAUCUCCAGCCAUGAGCAGGGCCAUCUGAGUCCCAGACAGACACCCACAGCCCAACUGCAAUCCCGCCCACCAUCCCCUGUGCCUCCUGCCCUUUCUACCGCGCGUCCCCCGCUGCAGGAUGAGUUGGCCAGCCCCAUUCCCUGCUUUUCUGGAUCUCCAGACAGUCCCUCCCUUAGAUUCACUAAACAUUACAUCCUCUCUAUGUCUUGAGCCCUUUUCCCUAAAGCCUCUCUUGGCAUGCCUUCAUUCACUCUUUGUCCUUCUCCAUUUGGCUCUAUACCCUUGGGGGCUGACUCACCUGAGUUCCUUUGGCCUCUGGCUUCCUGCUGAGUUUGACUGGCCUAGCAAACUAGCAAGAAUGGAAAGCUCUUACAAGCCAAGAGUGUGGAAGCAGGGAUACCAGAACUCGGCGGAGCUGGAGCUGUGGAGGGAGUGGGGAGCUGGACAGGAAGUGUGGGGAUAUGGACACGGCCACAGUCACACGGAACCAUGGAACCUAGGCAGAGGGAGAGGAGUAAGAACCACGCCGGCCUCUGCCUCCUCUUAGCUUUUGAUCUGCCUUUUGUGAGCUCCUGAUGCUGCAACAUCCCUCCUCCGUCCCCUUAACCCUGCCCAUACCUCUGAAAAGAGGCCCUUCAUUGAGUCUUCUUAGUGAUGCAAACAUCGACAGCUGAGUGGGUCUUUUAUUUCCUGCCAGGACCCUGCCGGGCACACCCCCCCCCCACACCCAUGACGCAGAGCCUGCCUGCCCUGCCCACUUUCCUCUCCUAACAGUCUCCUUAGGGCUGAACUUUCUGUCUGUCCCACACAUCAUGACUCCUCCUUCCCCAGGCUGCCUCCUUUCUUAGGUCCCGUCUUACUUCCUAGAGCCAUCCUCACUGGUCUUCCGGCUAAUAAAGACCUGGGCUUUACCUGC